AUGGCCUUGAAUGCACCCAUCAAGACGAAGGACGAGUUCCACGUUGGGGCGGAUCGGGGGCCGCCGCUGGUAUACCUGGACUUGGGCGUGGGUGACCAGCCUUCGCGACGACUGCAUAUUGAGCUCUUCCAUGAGGAGCUACCUAUCACGACCGAAAACUUUCGUCUACUUUGCACUGGCGAACUGAGGGGCAAAGGGAAGGUGAAGGCGCUGUGGUACAAUAACACGCGCUUCCACCGCGUCACCCCAGGCUUCAUGAUGCAGGGCGGCGACAUCACACACGGGAAUGGCGCUGGGGGAGUGGCAGCGCUAGGAACGACGUUCGAAGACGAGCACCAGGUGGGGGCGGUGUCCAUGGCGCACCAGAACUCGAGUAACCGCUCGCAGUUCUUCAUCUGCUUCGGCGCGCCGAGCUGGCUGGACGGCAAGCACGUGGUCUUUGGGCAGGUGCUGCGCGACGACCUGCCGCACUUGGCCGCCUUCGAGGCCGUGGGCUCCGCGUCGGGCCGCCCAACCAGCCCCAUCGUGGUUACGGACGCCGGACAGGUGGGUGGCGCCGGAUUCACCCCGUCGCCCAUGCUGCGCGGCGGCAGUGGCUAG